AUGGCAACAACUCUGUCACAAGCACUUCUCCGGAAUACAUACAUUGAUAAUGUCUUCCAUGGUGUAAGCAACAGUGAGGAACGAAAGAAGUUUCAUGCCGAUUCUAAAGAGCUGUUCCGUAAGGCCGAUAUGAAUUUGAGACAAUAUGCCAGCAAUUCUUCUGAGCUGAAUGAGUUGUUUGCAACAAAGGAAGGAACUAUUCCUUCAGCGCAAAAACUUCUUGGACUCAAAUGGGACAUCCGUAAAGACACGCUAGCUAUCAGUUUCCCAAGAAAAACCUCCAGACGGGAUCAGGUGGACAAAACGGAAGGUUCUUAA